AUGUCAUCUCAACUUUUACACACCGAGCAACAGUUGAGCGAUUCGACUAUGGGGGUUGAAAACGCCAGGAAACCACUUACAGAGUUUCAUCUGUUCCCCAAUCUAUCGACAGAGCUUCGAUUGGAGAUCUGGGAGUUUGCCGGCAGCUCAAUCCCACUACAGGUCCAUUUGUCGCGCCCCCUUCCACUCAACGCGAGAGAUGUAGAGCCGUACCCCGGAAUGCGCAUAUUCAAAAGGAGUCUGGAAUAUCAUGAUCAGCGAAUGAAAAAAAUCUUGCCCUUGUUACACACGAACUACGAAUCGCGAAAAGCGACGCUCGACAGGUAUUCGCUGGUGCCAAUUUAUGACUUGAUUGUUGACAGGGACUCUAUUUGGGAAUUGCACCCUGAGGUUAGAGCACAGCUGGACUUUGGGCUUUAUCAACGCCGAGUUGCCUGCGACUGGCGUGGCGACACUCUAUUCUGGCCGGACUAUUGGUUCCCGCUUCCCCCUGGUCUUUGUGCAGGCAUUUGCAGUGCUACCAAGCUUUGCAUAGUCGUGCAACGGUACUAUGGCGCUGACGAAGACCAUAUAGAGGAUAUGCAAGCUCUUAUCACCCCACUCAUUGAGGAAUGGACUCAGAAUACUCUUCCUAAACUUCCGAAACUCAAAGAAAUCACAUUUACCUUCACGGGCCAAGUAGAAAUAUUUACCGAGGAGCAAGAGGCCGGCAGGGACCAUCACUACGAAAUCCCAUACAGGCCAUGCCCGGAAAUUUCGAUCCUCGGCUCAUUAUUAACCGGCGGACCAGUUAUUAUGAACAAGUCCCCGUUGAGUCCCUUCGCGGAGCAGCCUAGUCAUUGGUGGGAACCGGUGUUGUACCUAGUAGCUUACACGGUCAGAACGUUACAAAAGGGAAUACAACGACAGCGAUCCGAAAUCAAGCUUCAUUGGGCAUUCGACUGGGGGCUCAUAGAUACUUGGGAGGAUGAUUGGGAAAGCCGAAGUAUCCUCUUAGAUGAUGAGGAAAGGGAUUGGGAACUAUUGGGCCUCGCGGCUGAAGGGAAGAUUGUAUUACAGGCAGAUAAACUCCUCCAGUUCGUCAAACUUCUCGAACUUGUAAAGUUCACCUGGUACGAUGAAGAUUUGACCGAUGAGUUUUCCGGUAGAUGCAUUGAAAUCUGUGAACGAAUUAGGGAGAUUAUUAAGGCGCAUUGAUCUAGCACAGCCAAGCGUGGGUGACAUCUGGUACGGCCA